AAAAAUGCGUGAUUGCACUAGUCCCAAAUGUUUCUGUUGCAUUGAAAUUUGGGUCAAAAGCUUUAAAAGUUUGGAAUAUUUGGAUUAGCCUUAGGAAUGAAAAAUUAGCAAAUGUUUUGAAAAAUAAAAAUACACAGAGUUGCUUUAGAGGAAGACAGAUGUUUUUCGAUAUUUGUAAAUUGUGAUAGAACAAAAGCAAAGAACGCAUACGACUUUGGGAAAGUGUACUGUUUUUUAAUGUUGGCCUGGUUUAAUUUCUCGUUUUGAAACAUUUUACAACACUUAAUCGAAACGCCAAAAAAUUGUUAUUUGCAUCUGGCACGUGAAGUUAAUAUGUAAACAAAAAACAUAAAUAUCUAGAGAAAAUUUUCACCAAAAUGACUCCUGGAAGUCAAAUAAAUUCAGAUAGUGAUUUGGAGAGUGUGAUUUCCUUCAAAAAUGCAACCAAAACCAGAAGGGAAAGCACUGGUCCCAAAUAUUUUUGUAGCAUUGAAGGUUGUGGCAAAAGUUUUAAGCGGCAAGACCAAAUGGAUCGACAUGAGUAUCAGCACACGGGAAUCAAAAAGCAUUAUUGCGUUUAUGAAGAUUGCGAUAAAGUUUAUUCAAUUUUAACACAUUUGAAACGCCAUAUCCGUACAACGCAUGAACGCGUAGGUCCACCAGAGAAAAAAAUACCAUGUCAGAUUCCAGGCUGCUUGAAAAUGUUUCAAACUAAUACAAAUAUGCAGCGUCAUAUCCGUGAAGUUCAUGAUAAUCCUAAAAUCUAUCCCUGCUCUUAUUGCUCAGAGAAAUUCACACAAAAAUUGAAAAUGCGGAGGCAUGAAAUUCAGAAACAUACCGGAAAAUAUCCGUACACUUGUGAGAAGUGCUCACGGGGAUUCUAUCAGCAGUGGCAGCAUGAUAGUCACGUACCAACUUGUAAGUUAUAUAUUUGCUUAGACUGUGACUCGAAAUUUGAUAAGUGGACAAAUUACAUUAAACAUUGCAAAGAGAAACAGCACGGACGAAAGUAUUACCAGUGCGAGCACUGUGAACGUGUCUAUGCGAAACCCAGUGAAUUAAAAAAACAUAUAGCAGCCAAACAUAUGGACGAAGAGCUUAAAAUGGUUUUUAAAUGUGAAAUUUGUGAACGCAGUUAUACAUAUGAACGUAAUCUUAAACAACACAUAAAUGUUGCUCAUAACGGAAAACGUUUUGAAUGCACAGUUGAAGGUUGUGAGCGCGUUUUCAGUAGUAGCCAGAAUUUAGCCAAACAUUUAGAGCGUGACCAAUGUGCUAUGGCAACAGAAAAAACAGAGUCUAACGCACAGAAACGAAAAAAGAGCAGUGGAUCACGUAAAAAGCGUAAGGAUGCUGGACAGUCUAUUAUGUCGAAUUUAUCCAAGCUCAGCGGUAUAACUGUUGAUAGGAAUUUAGACAAAUUGCUUAGAGAACGUGAAGAAACUGCCUUAGAUAUAGCUGGUAGAUUGUUGGCCAAAGAUCAAAGCGAAAGUAAUUUCGAAAGUGAAGAUGAUUUACCACUCUCAAAGUUGCCCAGGUUGAAUGAGUCCGUUGACUUGGAAAAUUUGAUGACUGCUGUUGUAACAGAUGCCUAAUAUACAUGUAUAUAUUGUAUUUGGUGUAAUUAUAGCUUGGAAACAAAUAUUUUAAUUUGAAAACACCUACUAUUGAUU